UCAAAUUCAGUCGCAAAACUUUCGUGCUCGGCGGUGUACUCAGUGUGAGCCGUGAGGGAGGGUCGAAGACGGACGAGAAAGGAAAAGCGCGCGCAGCGAGAUGCUGCUAAGUCGCAGCACGGUGGUUAGCUUGGAGGUUUGUGGGUGGACUUUCUUCAAACACCUCCGGACACGCAAUCCAAAUAAUAGAAUCAGCACCAAAUCCAUAUGUUCUACAGUCUUCAAUUCUCUUUCUCACUUUGCAGCCCUAUCUUCCUGCCAGAAAGACCAGAUUCAUCUCUACGUUGAUGUUCUUCUUGAAUGGAACAAGCGGAUGAAUCUUACUGCAAUUAAAGAGGUAGAUGAAGUAAUGGAACGGCAUGUUGAGGAUUCCCUUGCAAUUUUACCGCCUUUGAGAGAUUGCUAUCGGUCACACUGCGGCACUUCCUAUGAUAAGCUCAAAAUGGUAGAUGUUGGAACUGGGGCGGGCAUUCCUGGAAUAAUUUUAGCCGUAGCUUGCCCAGAAUGGGAUGUAACGCUGUUGGAGUCUAUGAACAAGCGAUGCGUUUUCUUAGAGCGUGCUGUCGGUGUUGCUGGUUUGUCAAAUGUUCAAAUUGUCAGAGGAAGAGCAGAGAAUUUGGGACAGAAUCUCUGCUUGAGAGAACAAUUUGACAUAGCAGUAGCAAGGGCUGUUGCAGAGAUGAGAAUAUUGGCCGAGUAUUGUCUUCCAUUGGUUCGUGUCGGUGGAUUGUUUAUAGCUGCCAAAGGUUAUCAUCCUGAGGAGGAAGUUAGAAAAGCCGAAGGUGCAAUCCAAAAGAUGGGUGCAUCUCUAUUGCAAAUCUGCUCAGUGGAAUCGCAGAGCCCACAUGGUCAGCGAACUGCUGUCAUUUGUCUAAAAGAUCGUCCCACCCCAAAGAAAUAUCCCCGGGAUCCCGGCAUGCCAGCGAAAGAGCCACUGUAACUAAUUGAGAUGUGUCAUUGUCUUUAUUGCUUUUACUUUGCUUGAGCCUACUUUAACCAAAUAGUGGCAGUCAUAUCUGCAACAAGUGCAAUCUGAUAGCAAGAUUUUCCGCUCCUGUGAAGCAAAUUUGUAUCUAUUUUUAUGAAGUGAAUUUACUCGUAUCUAUUCCCUGACCAAAAAAGAAAGGGAAAAAACUGGUAUUUAUUGUCCA